UCAAAGAAAAGGUAUAUGUGACAGAGUAGUCGCUUUUUUCCUGUGGUAGAUUCUCGUCCUCAUGCUCCUCCCACGUCUAUAUAAAACCUGAAUUUCCUCAACUCUCCCAAUUCCCAUCUCCAUUUUCGCCGUUUCUGAAUACCCAUUUCCAGAGGAACACAAAUUUUCAACACCCAGAAGAAGCUUUUGUAUCUCCGCCGACGAUGACGGUUUCAAAAGAUGAAAAUUCCGUCGACAGUUUGUUAAAUUGAACCUUCCACAGAGAUGUCUCAUACCAAAAGCCCUCUCACCGCACUCGCUCCUGUGCAAGCCGUUCUGUUCGAUGUAGAUGGAACAUUGUGUGAUUCAGAUCCUCUCCAUUACCAUGCCUUCCGGGAAAUGCUUCAAGAGAUUGGUUUUAAUGGUGGGGUUCCAAUUGAUGAGGAGUUUUUCAUUAAAAAUGUUGCUGGCAAGCAUAACGAUGAUAUUGCCCGAGCGAUCUUUCCUGAUGAUUUUGAACGAGGUUUGAAAUUUUGUGACGAGAAGGAGGCUAUGUUUAGGAGAUUAGUUACUGAACAAUUAAAACCUGUGAGUGGCUUGUAUAAAGUGAAGAAAUGGAUAGAAGACAACGGGUUAAAACGUGCUGCAGUUACAAAUGCCCCUCGACCAAACGCCGAGCUCAUGAUCUCCAUGCUUGGUCUUUCGGAUUUUUUCGAGGCCAUUAUUAUAGGUGAUGAAUGUGAGCAUGCCAAACCACAUCCAGACCCAUAUUUAAGGGCUCUUGAACUACUCAAGGUGUCAAAGGAUCACACUUUCAUUUUUGAGGAUUCUGUAUCGGGGAUCAAAGCUGGAGUGGCAGCCGGGAUGCCUGUUGUCGGUAUAUCUACGAGAAAUCCCGAGCACUUGCUGAUGCAAGCAAAGCCCGCCCUCCUCAUAAAGGACUACGACGAUUCAAAAUUGUGGGCAGCUUUGGACGAACUCGAUAAGAAUAGAGGUACAGCUAAUAAUGCUUGAUCAAUCUAUCGUCUUUAUGGAAUGAUUGAUCAAUUAACUGGUAUUCUCUAUCUAAUAUUUGAAUAACUUAGCUGUAGAAAGAACCUUCUUAUUCUUCAGCUUUAGCUCUUAAUACCAAUCCUAUUACAGUCAAAAUAGGAUGGUUAAAUAGUUUUAGGCACCAUUGUCAAUGUGCUAAAGGUCAUUGGAAGGCCUUUCAAAUAUAAUACCAUUUGUACUUUUAUUUUCUUCAAUUGCAUUUAAGACAUGCCACAUAUCAGCUAUUUUCCACGUA